UAUCGAUAUUAAAUGGAGGAAAAGACCGUCGCUAAUGUUCCGAUUGUUACCUCGUUUUCCAGGAAAACUAUCUAUAAUGACUGGAGUUACCCCACCAAAACGCUCUCCCCUUUGGAUCGGCACACACAGCGGCACUUUUCACUGCGACGAGUUGGUCGCAUGUUUUAUGCUCAAGCAAUUGGAUGAGUACAAAAACGCAGAGAUUUUCCGCAGUCGGGACAACAAGGCUUUGAAGGAGAAGUGCGAUAUAAUUGUCGACGUGGGCGGCGUUUAUGAUCAUGCCAAGAAAUUGUACGAUCACCACCAAAUAACCUUCAAGGAGACUUUUAGUUCCGUUCGCCCAGAUGUAAGCGAGGACUACAACGUUGUCAGGCUAAGCAGUGCUGGACUGGUCUACUGUCACUAUGGCGAGCGUGUUAUACAGAGCAUCCUGCAGCGCGAAAAGGGAAUUAAACUCUCACCGGAAAACCUGCAAACGGCCUUUAUUCAGAUCUAUAGGAAUUUUAUCAACGAACUGGACGCAAUUGAUAAUGGAGUGCCCAUGUUCGAGGGCGUUGAGCCUAUAUACAAAAUCUCCACUCAUCUAUCUGCCCGCAUUGCCAAACUGAAUCCGUCCUGGCAGGAAACUGGCGUAGACAUCGAAGACCGAUUCAGACAGGCGAUGGAUACUGCAGGUCGUGAGUUUGUGGACAACGUUGUGGAGGUAUCAUGUUCCUGGAUUCCAGCCCGGGAUCACGUACGAGAGGCUCUUAAAAAUGCCAAGAACGUCCAUCCCACCGGCGAGAUUCUUGUGUUGAAGAAUUUCUGCCCCUGGAAGUCUCAUCUGUUCGAUCUUGAAAAGGAGUACAAGGUGGAGGGUGUGCCCAAGCUGGUCGUCUUCAACAGCGGCAAUAGUUGGCGAGUGGCCGGAGUUCCAGUGACGCCUGGCAGCUAUCUGGGCCGCAAAUUUCUGCCCACUCCUUGGCGCGGACUGAUGGACGAUGAACUAUGCGAUAAGGCGAGCAUCAAAGAUCUCGAAUUCAUCCAUCACACAGGAUUUAUUGGCGGGGCAAAAACCGAGGAGGCUGCCAUGUUGUUGGCCAAGAAAUCCACCGAGUGGACAGAAGAGCAAUAAUAUAAUACGACUUAAAGUUAUGCUUUUGAAAUUGAAAAACAAUAAUUAGAUCGCAUUUAAUUCUGGUGUUAUUACGCAUUU